AGAUUUGAUCUUUUAAUCUUCGUUGGCCACAAUUAAAACAAACCCGAUCGUGGAGCGCUGCGAUCCCUUUGCAUAAAAACAUAUGGCUUUUGCUAUAAAAAUUAUGACUGCAAAACACUGGGCCAUUAAUAGCGUGCGGAGUGAUUUACGCGUUAUUGUUCUGCCGGGCGGGCACGUGACGCGCGCGGCCAAUGGGGGCGCGGGCGCCGGCAACUUAUUAGGUGACUGUACUUCCCCCUGGUGCUACCAAGUUGUUACAUGAAAUCUGCAGUUUCAUAAUUUCCGCGGGUCGGGCCAGGCCGGCCGGGCGCGGGGCACGGCGAUGGCCACCACCGGGGCCCUAGGCAACUACUACGUGGACUCAUUCCUGCUGGGCGCCGAUGCCGCGGAUGAGCUGGGCGCGGGCCGCUACGCGCCGGGAGCCCUGGGCCAGCCCCCCCGGCAGGCCGCGGCGCUGGCGGAGCACCCCGAUUUCAGCCCGUGCAGCUUCCAGUCCAAGGCGGCGGUGUUUGGCGCCUCGUGGAACCCGGUGCACGCGGCGGGCGCCAAUGCGGUGCCCGCGGCAGUGUAUCACCACCAUCACCACCACCCCUACGUGCACCCCCAGGCGCCCGUGGCGGCGGCGGCGCCGGACGGCAGGUACAUGCGCUCCUGGCUGGAGCCCACGCCCGGCGCGCUGUCCUUCGCGGGCUUGCCCUCCAGCCGGCCUUACGGCAUUAAACCUGAACCGCUGUCGGCCAGAAGGGGUGACUGUCCCACGCUUGACACUCACACUUUGUCCCUGACUGACUAUGCUUGUGGUUCUCCUCCAGUUGAUAGAGAAAAACAGCCCAGCGAAGGCGCCUUCUCCGAAAACAAUCCUGAGAAUGAGAGCGGCGGAGACAAGCCCCCCAUCGAUCCCAGUAACCCGGCUGCCAACUGGCUCCACGCUCGCUCCACGCGGAAGAAGCGCUGCCCCUAUACAAAACACCAAACGCUGGAACUGGAGAAAGAAUUUCUGUUCAACAUGUACCUCACCAGGGACCGCAGGUACGAGGUGGCCCGACUGCUCAACCUCACCGAGAGGCAGGUCAAGAUCUGGUUCCAGAACCGCAGGAUGAAAAUGAAGAAAAUCAACAAGGACCGAGCAAAAGACGAGUGAUGUGUGACUCAAGUUAAUUUGAAAAGAGAGCGAGCUAGAGAAAGAGAACUGCCCGUCCCCUUCUCCUACCCCCACCCCACCCUGGCCUCCAUCACCCUGCAGAAAGCGGCUCUAAACUCCAGGCCUCAUCUCCCCCUGGCAAACCCUGCUUAGGCUGGUUCCUUGGCCUGCCGCUUUGAUGGAGGAGGUAUUGUAAGCUUUCCAUUUUCUAUAAGACAGAAAAAAGGGGGGGCAUUAGCGCUGAUGGCUGUAUGUGCUAGCUUGUAUAUAUAUUUUAAAAAUCUACCUGUUCCUGACUUAAAACAAAUAAACAAACAAAAAAACUACCUUUUUAUAAUGCACAAGUGUUGACGGCGGGCUGUAUAGUGUUUAGUCUGUGUAGUUAAUUUAAUUUGCUCUUUGUGCAGCAGAGCGAUCUGCCCAGAUACUUGAACACUGUGUUUUAUUGUGGUAAUUAUGUUUUGUGACUCAAACUUCUGUGAUGGGUGAUGCACCCGUUGUGAUUGUGAAAGCUAGAAUUCGAUUUGAACUCAGGUUGUUUAUGAGGGGAGAAAGCAGUUGCAUAGGGGUAUAGCUCUGUAGUGGAAUAUGUCUUCUGUAUAACUAGGCUGUUAACCUUUGAUUGUAAACUAGCUGUAAGGAUUUCCCAGUGAAAUAAAAUUUUUUAAAAAAGAAAAGAAAGGUUUCUCCUGGACGCAUAGAUUCAUGGUUUUCUCCAUUUUUGAAAUGCGGACAUUUUAGUCUCUACAUGCUCUAUAGACCUGUCUUGUCCAUUGUAUAUAUAUAAUCCACAUGUUAAAAAGUAAUCAAACAAGUUUGAAUAUUGUUCUUGCACCAAACAGUGAGGAAACUUGGAGCUAUACGUAUGUGCAGAAGGUUACUACCUAUGGUUUACGUUUAAUUUUAAUUGGGGGAAAAUGAAUGCUUAUUGUAAUGGAGUUAAUUUUAUUGAUAAUAAAUUAUACACUAUGAAACCGCCAUUGGGCUACUGUAGAUUUGUAUCCUUGAUGAAUCUGGGGUUUCCAUCAGGCUGAACGUACACUGUAUAUUUUGCAAUAGUUACCUCAAGGCCUACUGACCAAAUUGUGUUGAAAUAUUUAACUUUUUGCCAAAUAAAAUAUUGAUUCUUUUCUAA